AUGUCUCGGAUGCAGCUGCUGAAGCAGUUCAUCGGUGAGCGGCUGAGUGCGGCAGCAGAGGAGAUCUUCACAGCGGUGCAGAAGACGAUCAUAGAGUGCGAAGAGGAAGCUGCUCGCUCCAAAGGAGACGACGACCAACAUGGACUUAAACAAGAAGUGCCGUUACAUAGCGAAGACCCACCGCAGGUCUUUGUCUGUGCACAUGAGCAGAAACACUCCAGGGAGGAGUGGAAUCCUGAGAGCUGCCACAACAGCCCUACUGUUGGCUACAAGGACUGUGGCCUGCUGGUCCUGGAGCCUCCAGAAAUCAAACAGGAACAGCAAGAGCCAUGGAUCAGUCCAGGGAGACAACAGCUAUCGGAUAUGGAGGACUCCGAAGCUAGCAGUUUGAAACUGACUCCCACCUGUAUGAAGAGUUGCAUUUACUCAGACGUGAGUGAGUUGCAAACUCAUGAUACAGGGAAUGAAGACAGAAAGCCUGUACCUAGCUCCUCAGCGGACCACAGAAAGGUUGAGGGAAACUCUCUGUCAAGUGGUGAAUGUUGGACUUUUCUGCCAGGUUGUGCUGUAACUCUAAAUAACACGGGGCCUGAGUUGAGUUUAGAAACACUGACAGGCUACAGUAUCAGUAAAGACAUGAAAGUCCACAUGCAGAACCACACAGGGGAAAUCCAGCUGACUGAAAGUUCUGAACCACAUAGCCCAACUCCACCAAAUAAAGAGACAAAGAGAAGAAACAAAUCUUAUUGCUGUCGUUUCUGUGGCAAAGAAUUCAGCCACAGUGCACAUCUAGCAACACACACUCAAAUCCACACAGGGGAGAAACUAUUCAGCUGUGAAGUGUGUGGUAAAGAGUUUCGACAUGGCAACAGCGUGACUGUGCACAUGAGGAUUCACACGGAGGAGAAGCCGUACCGUUGCAGGAUUUGUGGAAAAGAGUUCCGUCAUGUGGGAAACUUGAAUGUACAUAUGAGAAUCCAUACAGGUGAGAAACCAUACAGCUGCAAAGUGUGUGAAAAAAAGUUCAGUCGAAAUAAUUUAAUGACAAAACACAUGGCUGUACAUACAGGUGACAUGAGUUCAAGCACGAGGAGUGUGUUAAGAAGUUCUGUCAGUCUGCCUUUAUAAGAUUUUAGGACUGCUGUCAUAAGAUAUCCAAGUUUUUUGGGUAAAAAAAUGAAGCUGCCAUUAUAAAAUGGUUGCAGAUUUAAGAGGAAAACCACAUGAAGUGUAAGUAAUGAUUCAUUUUAGAUAGACAGAUAGAUACUUUAUUUAUCCCCUAGGGGAAAUUCAUUUUAAUACAUUUUUGUAAGUUAUUGUAAAUAUAUUAUGGGUUAGUGUAAAAUGAUAUUUCCAUAUGUACAACCCUGACAUUUAAUACAUUUCAAGUGGUAAAUGUAUUUCAGUGUGUAGUGUCUCUUCACGUCAUCUGACUGGUGAUGCGGAGUUUUAAAUAGCUUAAAAGUCAUCCUAAGUGCCUGGUUCCUGUAGCUGAUUAGACCUUGUUAAUAAACUUUUAAACUCCAACUUUAA